CGUCCGUCUCUACCAAGCUCGCCGCCUGAACUCGUCUCCGACUCGCUGCCCCUAAAUUUCUCCUCCUCCGUCUGCCGCUCGUAGAAACCCUAGCUCGGGCAUUCGUCGGAGGUUCUCCAAGGAACGAUGUCGUACGACGACGUGGAGAUCGAGGACAUGGAGUGGAACGAGGAGCUGCAGGCGUACACGUAUCCCUGCCCCUGCGGCGACCUGUUUCAGAUCACGAAGGACGAGCUCCGCCUCGGGGAGGAGAUCGCCCGCUGCCCGAGCUGCUCCCUCUACAUCACCGUCAUCUACAACGCCGAGGACUUCGCCGAUGGCUCCGAUAAAAACAAGAGCUUGCAGCCCUCAGGAAAUCAGGCCGUCGCCGUCGCUUGAAUCCCCACGUCGUGUGCCAAACUCAUUUUGCGGUUCAUUAAUUUCUGACAGGCUAUAUGUUUAUCAAAUUGAUUGGUCGUCCGAGUAUUCAAUAGAUUGGUGUUGCUGCUCUUGUUCUCAUGGAGGUGGAAGGAACACAAUUCAUGAAACCAGUGCACUCCCAAAGUUAGUUGCUGCUUAUAUCAAGUUUUUCCGAGUUCAAUCCGUUGAUUGGCAAUUUUGAUCACAGCAGCGAUGUUCACGAAUUUGUUCUGGCAAGGAAAGAGUGUACUUGGGAGGAUUUCGGGAUGGAUUCAUAUACGAGUUUAUGUGCGAAAGAAUGUUUCUUUAUGCCUGGUGAAUUUUUGCUCUGGCUUUUUUGAGAUGAUAAUUAUUUUAUGAAAUUGUUGUCAUCUGAGUAUGCAGCAAAUUUGUUUUGCUGGUCCUGUUCUCAUGGAGCUGGAAGGAACGCAAUUCAUGAAAACCAAUGGACUUCUCAAAUUUAGUGCCAAUGACAUUGCUGCUUAUAUCAAGUUUCCUCGAUUUCAAUCGGUUGAUUGGCAAUUUUGAUCAAAGAAACGCUGCUUAUGAAUUUGUUCUGGCGAUAAAAGCAUGUUCUUGUGCCUACUCAUUGCCCUUCCACGAUAGUUUGCCUUUCCGACUUCGUAAAUCUUUGUAAAUUUGCAUGGGAUUGUUUAGUUUUAUGGAUGGAUGGAUUGAUUA